GCUCCAUCGUCGUCAUGAAGUCCAUUAACCUCUUCUCCCUGGGAGUCCUUUUCUUGGGAACUCUGGCACCAUGGACCGUGGAAGGUGCUCAGGAGUCUGUGAAAGCUGGAAACUGUCCUCUUGUAAAUGUCCGCUGCUCUAAGGUAGAGAACCUUCAGUGCCAGAGUGACUCGCAGUGCCCAAGAAACCAGAAAUGCUGCCAGGUGCUUUGUGCCAUGAAAUGCAUAGAACCCGUGGAUCUCCCCACAGAAGCCGAGAAAGCUGGAAAUUGUCCUCCUGUUAAUAAAUCGGUCCGCUGCUUUCGGUAUGAAAAACCCCAGUGCCAGAGUGACUGGCAGUGCACGGGAAACCAGAAAUGCUGCCAGGAUACUUGUGGAAUCAAAUGCUUGGACCCCGUGAAGCUCCCCACACAAGCUAGGGAAAAGCCUGGGAAGUGUCCUCAGGUGUAUGGAGAGUGCAUGAUGCUCAACCCUCCCAACCACUGUGAGACCGAUAGCCAGUGCCAGGGCAAGCUCAAGUGCUGCAAGGGCAUGUGUGGGAAAGCCUGUGUCAGACCUGUCCGAGAUAAGUAG